AGCAGCUUCUGGAAACUUCUCCAAGAGGCAACACGAACACAAACGUGGCUGAGAAGUUUAGUAACUUGGAUUAGCUGAGGUGAAGCCCAGCGGGCAGCUCGCAGCUACCCGUCACUCGCAUUAAUAUUCCAUAACUUGAAACCUUAAACCGUAGUUUGUUCACUUCCUGUCGGGUGUCUGGAUGUGUUGUUGUUCACUUCCUGUCGGGUGUCUGGAUGUGUUGUUGUUCACUUCCUGUCGGGUGUCUGGAUGUGUUGUUGUUCACUUCCUGCCGGGUCUCUGGAUGUGUUGUUGUUCACUUCCUGUCGGGUCUCUGGAUGUGCUGCAGUGCUCUCAGGUGUCCAGCAGGUGUCGCUCUGGAGCUCAGGGUGGAUCUCGGUGUUGACGGGCUGACAGUUUAGUCACGUUCUUCCUGUGUGGGUGAUUCAGUGGACUGGAUGAACUGACUCAUCUAUGUGAGGGGUCACAGUAUUCACUCACGUUCUUUAUUCUUUUGUAUUUGUUUGUUUGCAUAUUUCAAAUUCAGUUAUUGGAAGACGCAUGCACAGACGCACUGUUUCUUCCAUGUGCUCGGAUGCACAUGAAGCUAAGUUAAGACUGAGGCUGCAGGAGAGGCAGGAGGCUGAAAGCUUCAAACACAAAACCCAAGAUGAGCAGAGUUGGAGUAAAUCAAAUGGGGGACAAAAUAAAAUUAAAAGACAAUUUUACUUGUUUGUCAUUCAGCUGACAAACAGACUUUUGCUUGUCAAACCUUCAGCUCUGAAUGAAAUGAUGUGCAAAGCAGUUGGACUUGCAGCUCAGGUCCUUGCUGACCAACAGGUUCACUUACUGUUAAGUUCAUAUCGGUGAUGCGUUCAGGGACCUCAGUGGGCUCGGGCACCAGUUUUAUUGGAUGUUGUUGGAUUGAACUCCCAGAGUAGAAGAAACAUCCCCAUCAUUAAUGAUGAAUUAAAAUCUAAAUUUAAAUUCAGAUCAGAACACGUGUGCUUCAUUUACUGAAAGUCCCAUUAAAGGACCAGUUUCACUGGUUUAGUUUGUCUCUCCAAGUUCAGACGAGUUUGAUUUUCUGAAAAACUACUUUAUAACCAAAACAUUUCUGUUUGUGUGAAUGACAGUCAGUCUCACUGCCAGCUGUUUACGCUGUUUCCUCAGGUGGACGACCUGCGUGUGUGUGUGUGUGUGUGUGUGUGUGUUUAAGCUGCUGAUGUCAGCAGACAGACUGCUGAGUCUGACUGGCAGCAACUUAUCAGCUCAGCAGAGACUCAGACUCUUAACUGCUGAUCACAUGAUGUUAGAAUAACAUCAGUAAUCGUUCUGAAUGAUUAUUACAGAAGGAAGCCUUGGAGUCACUCGGCUUUGAUGAAGCAGUUCAAAUGGAAGUCAUUAACGCUGUAAAGCAGAACAUUAAAGUAAAAACAAUCUGAACAUCCGAGUGACCAAAACUGCACGCUGAUUUGUUUUUGUUCAGUCUUUUUUCUUCUCUUUUUACUGAUGAAUUAAAGAGACGUUCACACACUGAGGCCACGUUACAAGGAACCAACAGCCAGGAGGUCAAAGGUCACGGCUGUCAAACACAAAUGAGUUUCGCCCGUUUUCAUUGGCUUGUUCAGCUGCAGCACAUGGACACAUGAAGCUGUGUGUCUGUAAACUACAUGUGCAUGCGUACACUCAGCAGAAAUGUAAACCAAACCUUUUGCUUUAGCUCUCAUUUUCACAAGCUGAAUUUAAAGUUUUAAGACUUUGUGUGAUUUUAAGGACAAACCAGUUAAAACCCGUUAGUGAGCCCGUCUCCUUUGCCCCGAUGAUCCGCCUAACAGGUGGGUCAGAUCCACAUCCUGGUUGAACAGCAUGAUUUUUGUUUUGUUUAUUUGCAUGUAACCACACGAGACCAGGACCUCCACAUCCGGUUUCUUCACCCGCACCAGCGGUCUGACAGGAGCCCCCCACGGAGCUGAUACUGUUGUGGUUUUGCACAAACUGUUAGAAACCUUCUGAGGGAAGCUGGUCACCUGUCGCCCUCGGGUCCCCACCUGAGGGGGGCGGAUGCUCACCUUGGAACAGGUUUUCUCUUCACGGGAUGAAAGCCGUGUUCUUUGAGAAGGAGAAGUGUUGCACUGCAUGUUGCUGCCGAUGCUGACCGGCUUCCUGAUCCAGGAUCAGUUCCUGGACUGCGGGAACAGCAGAUGAGCCUUUGACAGACUCACAUGGUCUUCCUCACUCGGGACUCGUUGAUCUGUGGAUGUUUCCGUGAUGAAUCUGAGCACCUUUACGAGUUUUUGUCCACGCUGACUCAGCAGCUCGGCUUGAACGCUUCAGCCUCUGAGAAAACCGAAUCAAAGGGUUCAGAUUUGCCUCCAGCAGUUUGUGCUUCAUUCUCGUUUUCUUUCUUCUAUCAAACUGAAAGCCUGCAACAGAAAACGACUCCUCGUGGUUCAGGUGUCGGAAGCCACAGCAGCUCUGAUCAGCUGAAACCUGCCGUCAUCCUCCUGCUCAACACACAUCACUGCUGCUCUCAGGUCGUGUCAUCAGUCGGUCGCCAUGAGUCCCAAACACGUCGUCUUUAAGAAAGUUUCCCGCGACAAGUCGGUGGCGGUCUACAUGGCCAAGAGAGACUUUGUGGAUCACUGCGACUUUGUGGAUCCAGUCGACGGAGUCGUCGUGAUCGACCCGGUGCAGCUCAAAGGGAAGAAAGCGUACGUGAUGCUGUCGUGUACGUUUCGGUACGGCCGUCAGGACAUGGAUGUGAUGGGCGUGGCCUUCAGGAGGGACCUGUUCCUGGUGACCCGGCAGGUUUACCCCGAGCUGCAGGACAAGGAGAAGCUGACCCACACCAGGAUGCAGCAGAAACUUCUCAGGAAGCUGGGAGACAACGCCUUCCCCUUCUUCUUCGAGUUUCCAGACAACCUGCCGUGUUCAGUGGCUCUGCAGCCCGGACCGUCCGAUGUGGGAAAGAAGUGUGCGGUGGAGUUUGAGGUGAAGGCUUUCAGUGGUGACCACCAGGACGAGAAGAUCGACAAACAGAGUUCCGUUCGUCUCACCAUCCGGAAGAUCCAGUACAGUCCAGACAGCAAAGUGGUUCCAGUGGCAGAGACCACCUUCGAGUUUCUGAUGUCUGAGAAACCUCUGCACAUCAAGAUGAGCCUGCCCAAAGAGACCUUCUACCACGGGGAGCCUGUCCCAGUGAGUGUAGAAAUCACCAACUCGUCCAGCAGGAACAUCAAAGACAUCAGCGUGUCAGUUGAACAGGUGACCAACGUUGUCCUUUACUCCAAUGACAAGUACGUCAAGUCAGUGGCCAAAGAGGAGACGACUGACUCGGUCCCCUCUGGUACCAGUCUGAAGAAGGACUACACUCUGUAUCCUCUGCUGGCUUACAACAAGGACAGGAGGGGAAUCGCUCUGGACGGACGACUCAAGCACGAGGACACCAACCUGGCUUCAUCUACCAUAGUGAAGCAGGAGGUGCUGAAGGAGGUUCAGGGGAUGCUGGUCUCCUAUAAGGUCGUGGUGAGGAUGAUCGCCUCUGGGACGAUCGGGUCCAGUGAGGUGUCUCUGGAGCUUCCUUUCAGGCUGAUGCAUCCUAAACCUGAACCAGCCAAGGAGGGCGAAUCAGACGACAUGGUGUUUGAGGAGUUUAAACGAGCCUACCUGAAGGGCGUGGUCUACGGGGACGACGACGAGUCUCCCACAGAGACAUAAACUACAAAGAUGGCCGCCACAGUCCUGACACGGCUGUCCCUGCUGAAGAGAAACACACUUUGACCCUCAGUGAUUCAGAAUGGUUUUAGUGACUGUGUGAUGUUUCCUGUAGCGCCCCCUCCAGGACAAACUGCAGCUUCAUGACUGCGAGAAAUCAUUGGAGUGCUUGUUGUCAGAUUGCGGCUCUAGUGAGCUCUGCAGCCUGUGGGGGGCGCUGGCGGGAUAUCAUUACACACCUGUCACCCACAGUGCAGCUGGCAGACAGACAGACAGACAGGAUGUGUUGAUCGUGUCUUGCUUUAAAAGUAGGAAAUGAAACACUGAGCUAACUUCCUCACUAUCUGCCCUGUAACUGAAGGAUGGCAAACAGAUGAAUGUAGAUAUGAUUUGUUCCAAAAUGGUCAUUUAAACGCUUGUUAGUCUGAAGAGGUUUCUGCCGUCACCUGACUGUAGCUGAGUGCUCAUGUGCGUGGAUGCUGCUGAUGGAUCGUUACAGGUUAUCAUUACGACAUAACUAAUAAAUUAGUUUCAUCAACAUGA